AUGUCGGCAGCGUACGCGGUGGGCCUCCCGCUACCACUCCUCAUGAGGCUCUCGAACCACACGAGCCAAGAGGUGGUGUUGCGGCAUUACGUCGAUACGCAAUGCCGCCGCACACCUUCCGCUCGCUUGUUCUUCGAGCGCUUUCUGACCUCCGGUGCUUCUCCGACCCAGGCUGCCCCAUGA